AUGAAGGUCACUGCCGCCAGGAGUGCGCAGUACGCGCUAUUGCGUGCUCGAGAGCUGUGUCUGCUAGGAGACUAUGAACGGGGUAUCGCCGAGUUCCGCGCUGUGCGGCAGACGCUGGAGACGCAGCUGGGCGCAGACGUAGAGGCACGAGAGUUCUUGCGGGACCUGCAGGGCGAAUACCGCGCCAUCCUUGAGUACCGCAGCACGUUACAAAGCCUCAAGCUCGCUGCCAACAAGGUGCAGGACACACAGCGACGCAGUAAAGCAAUAAAAGAGCGAAGAGCAAGACAAAAGCAGGAGGAAGAGACCAUCGCCGAGGAAACUGUGGCUAGGAAGCAAUGGGAAAAGCCGCAACCUGCGCGUCGACCUAGUGUACAGCCAACAAGAGAGAGGCAAGCGCCGCUAUGGAUGCAUCGACGAGAGCCACGAGCUACGACGGUGACGAGAGCUCGACAGUUGGUGCAGCAACGUAAAAUUACAGGGGGACAUACGUCUCGGACGAGAAAGUCUUUAGGGGCGUAUGAAGCAGAGAAUAGGAGUCGAAACGCAGUAAAACGGAGUGGAACGUCAGCUUCAGCUUCAGAAACAAAGCAGCGGAAGACAGGACGAAACUCGUUGAAGUCUAAGCGACGUGAGAGUGUUCAAAGCACAGCGAGUUCAACCAAUAUGGAGUCGAAUCAAGAGACGAUUGCGGGUAAAGUUAAAUACUCAGAGCUGGCCAUGGAGAAUGACUGGGUGGAUCAAGAGCUUAUUGAAGCGAUUGAGCGGGAUAUUGUGGACCAUGGAGAGAAAGUCACGUUUGAACAGAUCGCUGGACUUGAACAUACCAAGCAGCUGCUGCAGGAGACUGUGAUGCUUCCACAAAUUGCACCACACUUAUUUACGGACGGACUUUUGAAACCAUGUAAUGGUGUACUGAUGUUUGGGCCUCCGGGAACAGGGAAAACGCUUCUUGCCAAGGCCGUCGCACAUGAAUGUGGCGCAACCUUUUUUAAUGUAUCGGCCUCAACACUCUCGUCGAAGUAUCGAGGUGACUCGGAAAAGAUGGUUCGAAUCUUGUUUGAUAUGGCUCGUUAUUACGAACCGUCCAUCAUUUUCAUGGACGAGAUCGACGCCAUUGCGUCGACUAGAGGUGCUGCUACAGAACACGAAGCGAGUCGAAGGGUGAAAACGGAGCUAUUGGUUCAGAUUAAUGGCGUAACAACUGGGGAGCACGACGGCAGUCAAGUGAUGCUUCUUGCAGCUACUAAUCUCCCUUGGGAGUUAGAUGAAGCUAUGCGCCGGCGACUAACGAAGCGGGUGUAUAUCCCAUUACCCGAGGCCGCAGCUCGCCGAGCACUUUUUGAGUUUAACCUGGGGCGAAUUGAUUUAGGUCCGGAUGUCAAGCUGGACGAUCUUGUUGAGGAAACGGCGGGCUACAGUGGAGACGACAUCACCAACGUCUGCGAAACAGCCAAACGCAUGCCAGUUAAACGCGUGUAUACUCCUGAACUGCUUCUCAGGAUGCGUCGAGAAAUGGAAGCGGGCGAGGAUUUUCGCGAACUUGACACAGAACGCCUCGUAGUCACAAAGGCAGAUUUUGUGGAAGCUCUAAGCAAUGUGUCCAAGUCCGUGGGGCAUGAUCAACUACGUCGAUUCGAGGAAUGGGAAACCGCGUUCGGGUCAAAAUAA